CCUAAUUGAGCCUGAUGGUAUCGCCCUGAUUACCGCCUCAAUGCUAAUUAGACCCGACCCGUCUAUUCCUCUGCAGAGAGAAUUCCAGUUCAAAGCGCAACUCCACGUGAACCUCGAUAUAUAUUGAGUCCAUCGGCUUGUUACGAAGCAGCAUUCGUCGAAGCGGGUAACCUCUGGAAGGGGGUUUCAACGUGCGGAAUCUUUUAAUUGUCCUGGAGAAAUCCGAUGAGCUGAGAAGCUCUUUAUUUACUUACAGACGUCCAUUCUGGGGUCUCGGCAGCAGUCGAGACUUGUUAAACAACUGCUGUUGGAUUGCACCAGGCGUUAUUAUUGACAAGGGCACUCCAUCUAAACUCCGAGAGCGCUCCACUCCCCCGUGCAUCAACAACAACAGCAGCAGCUUCGCCGGGUAUAACGUUCAAACGUAUGAAGCCGACGUUUCGGGCAAUAUCGCCGCUUAAAUAGCGCACACGAAGGAGAAGGAGGAGGAGGAUAUCUUCUGAAAAGUUGCUCCUUCAUUGACCAGCCGCCAGAGUCGGCCAUGGCGAUGUCGGCUCGCUGGGCCGCGAAGCGAGAGCUCGGCUCGGUCGACGACGCCGGUGGCGCGGGGCCUCCCGCGGAGACGAAGCGACGCCGCGGGGCCUCCACCACAACAACCACCACCAGCCACUCCUCCUCCACCACCUCCACCACCCACUCCUCCACGUCGUCUUGCGGCCUCGCAGCUGCCGGGAAACACGUGCACAAACUUCGGGAGCAGCUGAGCCGAGAGGAGCGCGUGCGCGAGGGCGUGUGCCGCCUGUUGUCGGCUUGCACGCAGCGCGAGCAGACGCUGCACGCCGCCCAGGCGCUGCUGGCGUGCAACGCGCGCAUCCAGGCGUUCGUCGAGAAACUGCGCAGGGCGCAGGGUGCUGAGCUUGUCCGACGCGCGUCCCGCAGUGCUGCAGAUUAUGAUAACAAGGAACGGUCAACAUGCAAGGCCAAAGUCUGUCUCUCAGACAUUCGAAUCCCACUCAUGUGGAAGGACACGGAUCAUUUUCAGAACAAAGGAGAAUUCCACAGAUUUGCUGUGUUCUGCCUGCUGAAGAUGGACACGGAAGUUUUCGACACAAAGAUGAUCACCGUGGAUCGCACAGUCACUGACAUCUUGUUCGACAGCGUGGCUGUGUUCCCUGCUACGGAGCCAGGCUUUGAGCUGCAGCUGGAGGUGUACAGCUGCUGCCUGCUGGAGGACCUCUCCAUUGCAAGCACCCCACGCCGUCUCGCCAGCCGCCUCAGCUCCUCCGUGGGGCGUUCCACGGGCCGGCGGGUGCUUCGACAGCGCUCCCUCAGUGACUUGUCGAGGCCCGCUCCCCGUCAACCUCCAGUCAGAGCGCCUAAGUUCCACUUGCUGGCUCGUGUGGCAUUGACGCUGGAGCAUGUUUAUGAUGGCUUCCGGACUCACGACCUCACGAUCACGGGCAAAGAGGGAUAUUCAUAUUGGCUGCCACUCUACGGAAACGUCUGCUGUCGCUUAGUCGCUCAGCCAGCUUGCAUGACUGAGGACAGAAUGACCGGAUUCCUUAUCGUGCAGGAUGGAGACGAGCAAGAUUGCAAGCUCUUCUGUGUGCUCAUAGAAGGCAAGCUGUUGUGUUUCGCCACGCCACAAAGCAGGGCCAAGGGACAGGAGCCAGUGUUCAUCAUGCCCGUCAACAAGGAUACGAGGAUGCGCUUGGUGGGUUGUGAGGAUGGCGUGGAUCGGCUUCAAGUGCGAAACAUGGAGUCGGCACGGUGGCAGAGUCACACGCUGCUGGCACAUCGCUCCCCAGACCUACUGGCCUGGCUGGAGGCACUCCGCCAACACGUUUGGGAUCUCGACAAUUGGAAGCAGUGCUGUAACAAGGUCAUGGCAAUUGAAGAGCUGUUGCCCAGGGCAGCUAAUCUGCAGUCAAAGCCAGGAUCAUCUCUUUAUUAUGACAUGGACAUCAACUCUCCGAGCAAAAACAUUUCCCCGCUGCCAAACGAUAGAGCCCAGCAGCCCGCCGAUAUGCCAGGUGCCUGCGGCAGCCUCGCCACCGUGCAGUGUGCGGGGACGGAGCCGACGCUCGAGGCGCCGGGCGACGCGGCCGAUGCGAACGAGCCGGGAAGAGGACGGAGCAGCAGCGGAAUCGCUCGUCCCUUCGGCAAGAGCGCGGAGAAGCGCCCCGCCAUCUGCGGGGAGCGGCGGAUGUCCCUGGACGGAAAGCUGGCGGCGCUCAAGCAUCGAAUACUGCAAUGGCCUACGGCCGGAACCCCACGCAAGAUCCGGACGGCUGGCGGCCCCAGUGAGCGGCGUGUGGCGGUGGCGGAGGCCGCAGUGGCGGGAAUGGGAAGGCCGCCUCUCCCCCCGCGGCGCUGCACACUCCAAAAGUGACGUGCAGAGUAGCAGCGGGAUGCGUGGUUAAGGAGCCAAAAGGUGGACAGUAGCACACGUCUUGUGCUUGGGGAUUAAACGUCGUAUGAUUAGAGUUGGGGAGUCCCUCAUCGUUUCGUCGUGGAGGGGUUAGUGCUGGAGUAAGGGCUAGAUUAAGGUUGUAGGCUUCGUCGGAGAACAGCGUUGCCAGAUCUGUAGAAUCAAAGCUUCGCAACGAAUGGAAUUCACACCUCGAGAUGUAAUGAAAAAUAAUUUAAAAUGUGAUUUUUUUUUGUUACAAAUAAUGAGAGUAAAAACGAUACAACAUUCUUGGUUCUUUCGGUAAAGUCACUGUUACCGAAAGAGCCAAGAAUAUGAAUCCCUGCAGUCACGAAAGCUUUCAAUCAAAACGAUACAACAGUUUACAUACAGCUCAAGGGAAGUACGUGGGCUGAGGCGGCUGGCAGCUAAUUAUCUCGCCUGCAAAUGCGAUGCAAUGAAGCCCAAUGACCAAGUUAGCAAUAGUUAUAUAAAAAAAUAUAUAUAUCUUAAUUUGGCCAACUCAAGCUCUGAAUGUGUCGGAUGACUGACAGUCAAGAAAACCACCCUUCAAAGAUCAUUCAGGAGUGCCGUUUCGCGUUUGGUUAGAUAAUUAAUUCCAGAAGUAAUUAUCUGGUGUCACCGUUCGAUGUAAUUCCUGAAUGUGAUAUGAUGCUCUGUUGACUUGCAGGAGUUCUGGAAAAAACAUGGUUCGUUGCUUCAUAAGACCAUAAUAGAGCAUUUGGGAUAUAACUGUCGAUUAGAACAUGAAAUGUAGCAUGUAAACAGAAAAUUACGUUUAUUUCUGGUGCUAGCCAGUUAAAAUCUGCAGCAGAUGUCAAUUGCUUUACUAAUGAGAUAGCCGUUUGGUGUUUUUCUGACUUUUUUUGAUCUGGAAAGAUUUGCAGGGUGCUAACGGUUGAUGUAAUCUACGUUCAACUGCCGUGCUUGUGAACAUUUUGGUAAUGUUAUCAUUGAUGGUGAUGCUAAAACUACUGUUGUUUGUGAUACUUGAUUGCUUAUUUUAUUUCAAAGUUGUCUUCCUUGUAGCGCACCAACUACUGAAUGAACAAUUACUGGGUUGCAGGCGAUGCCUGUACAUUUUCCAUUGUUCGUACCUUUAAUGUGCAGUAGGAGUUUUAUAGUUCAUAGCAUUUAGCUUUUGAGUGUGUCUUGGGUUUAAAAUAGACCUCAGUUUUUGUUGUGGUUAUUUGUAGAUUGAGAAAAUGGUACAUUUUGUCAGAUGACGUAAGAGUAACGACUCUGAACGCGUUUCAGUGCUGAUACGGAGCAGUGUGGUCCAGUGCUAAUUCUUUGGCGGUUCUUAAGGACAGUAGUGGAAAUGUAACAUUUCCCAGAUGGCAGAAGGGUAGUCCAAAAGGACACCCAUUGACUAUUACAUUUGCAAAAAAGUGGUACGUAAUUUAUCGACUAACAAGAUGAUGGGCUGCAUUGAUCUCUUCCUGAGAUUUGAACUCACAAACCUCACAAAUGUGAAUACAAUUAACUCCAACCAAGUAACCUGGCUGGAUUAAAAAUGCCGGUGAGUGUGAAGUUUGGUAUAACUGUUACAGUACUUGCGAUGUAAUAUUGUUUCCCUCACUUUCAAGUGGAACUGCAAGUCGACAGUUAAUGUAACGCAUGCCUCUUGACAUUUACCACAAAUCCCCAAUGCUUCGCUUUUGUUACCAAUAAAAUAACUGCGCUGGGAA